CACUGUGAAGUGGUUAGUCAAAAAACAUUCAUGUUUUGAGUUAUAUUUCACUCAUUUAAUCUUGUUUCAAAGCUCUUUAAUUAAUAAAGUAGAAGGAAAGUCCCGGAGUCACUGCGAACAACAGGAGCCGCACAUCCAACGUUUAGUUUUCCACGAAAGCUCUGACUGAAAACAUCUUAAAGCUCCCCUUCUUAGAACAAAACUUUUUCUCCCACACACAAAAAAAUCAUUCCUUUAUAAAGAAAAUGGAAUAUAUGAAAGUUCCAGAAUCUCGUUACGAAGAAGUUAUCGAGUAUUUACGUGAAGCUUUUCCAGAUGAACCUUUAAACGUUGCGAUUGGUUUAUGCCAAAAAGGGGUUCCUUGUGAACUUUUAGAAUCGCAAGAUUUACAAACGUUACGUGAUGGUCUUUCGGUGAUGGUUAUUGAUAAAACAACCGGGGAAAUAGCUGGAGUCGCUUUGAAUGGAAUUUCAAGAAAAGGCGAUGUAGAAACCGCGAUGGAAGCAAUGAAAGACAUCGAUUCAAUCGAAUACCAUCACAUAUUCGAGCUGUUAUUCGGUUUAAAUAAAAAAGCCGAUCUUUUCAAUAAAUACAAAGUCGAUAAAAUUUUUGAAUUAAGAAUUUUAAGUGUUGACGGUAAAUAUCGAGGACGAGGUAUCGCGAAAGAAUUAUUUCAAAGGAGCGAAAUCGUCGCCGAAGAAAGUGGAUUUAAACUAAUUAAAGUGGACGCGACGAGCUUUUUUACCCAAAAAAUCGCUGAAUCCGUCGGAUUAAAAACCGAGGCUGAAAUAAAUUACAAAGAAUUCGAAGACAACGAAGGAAAGAGGAUUUAUUAUAAAGUAAAAUCACCGCACGAUUAUUAUAAGUUAAUGGUUAAAGAAUUAGGAAAUAAAAAAUAAAUUUAUCGAAAGCUCAAAGAAGAGUUUGUACUACAACUGCCAUGUGGUGUGAACGUCUUUAAAAUAAAAAAGAAAUAAUUCAUUAAAAUUGUUAUCUGGUUGUGAUAUAUUUAUUUAAAUAAUUAAUUUAUAAUUUUUAUACGAGCAAUCAAUCUAUUUAAUCUUAUCUAUUAAUCUUAGCAAAAUGUGAAAUGUUAAAUGCAAAAUAAAAAGGCUCAAUUUA